AUGUCCAGCGGUCAUUCAGACCAUGCCUAUGAUACCGCUACCCCAACAAACCUCCAGUCUGCUCCGAUGAGUGAGACCGCACAGGGUUCGAUCGGCGCAAUGCCGCUCGUCUCCAAAGACAGCAACGGCAACAACGGCACCCGCAAGAUCGAAAAACAGAGUCUAGAAUAUGCGAUCAGAAGUGGUAUUGCGGGAGGCCUGGCCGGCUGUGCUGCCAAAACGGUUGUCGCACCCCUCGACCGCGUGAAGAUCCUGUUCCAGGCGUCAAAUCCCCAGUUCGCAAAAUACACAGGCAGUUGGACAGGGCUGGCUCAUGCGAUACGAGAUAUCAAUCGCACCGAAGGCGCCAAAGGCCUGUACAAGGGCCACUCCGUCACCCUCCUCCGCAUAUUCCCUUACGCCGCUAUUAAAUUCCUCGCCUACGAGCAGAUCCGUGCUGUAUUCAUCCCGUCCAGCGAACAUGAGACCCCCAUUCGCCGAUUGAUCUCGGGCAGUUUGGCCGGUGUCACAUCUGUGUGCUUUACCUACCCACUCGAGCUGAUGCGCGUCCGCAUGGCAUUCGAAACGAGCCACACACAUCGCUCGGGGAUACUAGAUAUCAUGCGCCAAAUAUAUUAUGAGCGCGCGCAGCCAUCUCCGCGUUCCACUGCCGCCGCCGAAUCUUCAACGAUUGCAGCCGCCGAAGGCGCCGCAUCCGCCGUGAAUAAAAUCGCCCCGCGAACCGGCCUGGUCAACUUCUAUCGCGGUUUCGCCCCCACAAUCCUUGGAAUGCUGCCGUAUGCCGGCAUCUCUUUCCUGACCCACGAUACCGUGGGUGAUAUUUUCCGCCACCCAUCUCUUGCACCAUACACUUUGAAACAAACAUUGGAUAAAGAUACGGACCCUAGAAAAGCAGAAUUGAACAAGAGUCGUCCCCUCCUGAACGCUCCAUUCGAACUCCUCGCCGGUGCUCUUGCCGGUCUCGCCUCACAGACAUCUUCAUACCCGAUCGAAGUUAUUCGUCGGAGAAUGCAAGUCGGUGGAGCAGUGGGGGAUGGACACCGUCUAGGAAUUGCAGAGACUGCGCGGAAAAUCUGGCUUGAGUGCGGUUUCCGUGGGUUCUGGGUGGGAUUGACGAUCGGGUACAUCAAGGUGGUGCCGAUGUAUGCCGUUGCCUUCUUUGUUUAUGAGCGGGUCAAGGGGACACUCCAGAUUAGCUGA